CUUACUGGCUGUGAGGGCAAUACAGACGGACUCACACCACCACAAUUGUAGGAGUAUUGAAGGAGAAAUCCGCUAUUGAGUAUCGUCUGACAUGAUCUCCGCACAUCAUGGAAAACCGAAAUCAGGCUCGGGCGAGUUCGCCAGGCGGCAAGUGGUACUCGCUGCCCGAGUUCCACCGCGAGAGACGACCGAGUCGCGGGCCCUAGGCGGGGGAGACGCGGGAGCAUUCACCGAGAACACUCGCUGGGCGAGUGAGGCUGAACGAGCAGCGACAACACCCAGCUGCGAGGUGACCUCGGUCGAUGCCAGUCUGCUGGGUCCUGGCCGAGAAGUAACGCGAGUUCAGGGACCGGAGCCGACGACGAGUGCCGAUGAGACAAGGAGCGACGGUAUCAAGGCGAGCAAACCGGUCAGCACAAGACCUGUGGGUACUCGCUGGUGCUUCAUGGUGUGUGAAUACGAGGAGCUAGUUCGUGAUCACUGUGGCAGAUUUGAAGAAAAGUAGCUUUAAGGUUAAAACUGGACUGAACCGAGUAUGAACCGAGUAUUAACCGGUAUUUUCUGUUUAAAGUAAAGACGUGUUAACGUCGCAAGUAAAAGAGAACGGCUUGAAGAGUUUAUUAAUAAUUUAAAAUCUUAAAACUUAAAAAAAAAACCAUUCUAAGGAUUUAGAAGCGAGUCCAUAUUUAGUAUUAAAGAAUUCUCUCAGUCAAAUAUUAUUGUUUUCAAAUAAUUAAAAAGUAUUGGUAUUUUUAUAUUGUUUGCUUUUAUGACUUUUAAAGUGAAGGCCUUAAAGAAGCAGUCACCCAGGCGAAUUAAAAAAUCUGUCUAUUGAAUUUAUGCCUUGUACUUAUAAAAUGAAUAAUAAUGGACUUGAAAUAA